AUGCCAGUAGUGACGAAGCGAGCAUCAGAGGCGAAUCUCAAGAGAAGAUCGAAGACGUCGUUGAACACACGGAGACGCCUGAAAGCCACUGGAUCGACUGACAGGAUUGGGAACGAUGAGAAUGACGGGGAAGUCGCGCGUGGACAGAACCAAGCUAGUGGAAGUGGAAUAGGCACGGGGAUUGGCGUUAGCGGAGGGAACGCGGGAAGUGCCGGGAAUGCCAACAAGAAGGCUAAAACUAGCAAUGGUAGACGCGCUUUACUUGAGAUCGCGUGGUGGACGGUGACACCAAAUCUUGGGGAAUACCUCAAUACAAGUGAUGGACACAUGUCUAAUAGCUAUAUCCUCUAUAGCAGAUCACCAACGCCUUCAUUUGAAUUUGAACAAAGGCAGCACACUCAGGCUACCCCACGACCAACAAUCUCAAGGGCUUCUUCAAUGAGGUGA